CUUUGAACACCACUGGCCCCCACGACGUCAACACAGCAGGCAUAAACGACAGAUAUCGAUGAAUUGUAUUCGGGACAUUUAUGAAGAAGUACUGGUGCUACAGCAAUGCCGAGCGUUGUCUGCGAAAGUCCCUUUGCACAGGAUCAAGAUGUUUGCAGUAGAUCUUGCAAUGGUUGCCCUUUCUGUUCGAACAGGUUAUUUGAUCGAUGCAUUCACGCUUCAAGGCGACCGGAAUCCAAGUUGGACAUGGAAUCAGCUUCUACAAGGCCUGUGUCAAAGGAACAGUGAGUUCAAAGGCGUUGUACACAUCUACGAUCCACAAUCCGAGCAAUCCUUUUUCGUCAACAUAUCCCUUUUUCUGUCAAGAGCUCAGCGCUGUCUGCUUCUCUCCAGCACAGAUAACCCAGCACCCUCAUUCCUCGAGAAAGGAUCCGAUAUCCAACCAAUUUCCAAACCAACCUCCUUUGUCUCUUUGCUACCAGACGGUUCUUUCCAUCCAAGCUUCUCGGAUAUACCGGUGGAGCUUCCUGCUGUUCUCCGAGAAUUAAUCACUCAAACACAGCUCAUAUCUGAAAGCUCUGUUCGAGAGCGUUCGACCGUUACACUUCCACCAAUCUUGCCGUAUAACGUUACAGUUCCUCUGGCGGGCUUCCUGCUCGAGUACCCGGUGGCACUUUGUCCGGUACUAAUACCUGGAACUGACAUGAGUUCCUUCCUCACUCAAGUUCCCCUUCGAGUGUAUAGAUGUCUCCUGAAUAUAGAAGACACAACAGGGAAGUCCAGCGCCACAAGCCAACAAAACCCCCACCUUCUCGUGCAGUUUUCGAUCCCAUCGGUGUUGGAGUCCAGUCAUCCAGAGACACAUUCUUCUUCAGUCAUCUCCAGCAGGUUAGAAGAAACGUUCAACGCCCGCCUCGCAACAGUUUUCGCUGGGAGAGGUGUCCCAUCUUUGACCAUUGUUCACUCUGUCAGAACAUUGGAUAGGGUCGCGCUCUGA